AUGUCUGGGGAAGGUUCUCUCCGAGGGAAACCAAGUUCAAUAUGGACUGUAUUUACAGUAGUCUCCGAUACAAAAGCAAAGUGCAACUUCUGUGCGACUGUGCUCUCGUACAAGGGAGGUAACACUGCAAACCUACGGCGCCACAUCAAGGCAAAACAUGUGGGUGUGGACCUGGACGCAGCAAAUAGGCCGGAAGAAAAUGUUGACGAGCCUCCAUCACAGCUACCGCGACGUGAGUCACCGACACAUCAACCAAGGGAUGCCGCCUAUGGAGCUGCUAUACCUUCUUCUUCUGGCGCAAGUGCUACUCCAGCAUCAUCUCGUGACCAGCAGCCCACGACACAACCAAGUCGGACAAUGCAGCAGUCUAUUAUGGCAUACAGCAGGCAACCAAUGUCUCUAUCGAAAACUAUUCGGCAAAAUGAACAACUUGUGAAAAUGAUCGCCAAGGAAUAUCAGCCCUUUUCACUCGUGGAGGGUCAAGAAUUCAAGACGUUUCUCGCGAUGUUAAAUCCCGGAUACCAGCUUCCCAGCAGAAAGACCCUCUCGACGGUGCACAUUCCACAGAUGUACAAUAAGGUGCAUGAACAAGUCAAGAACGAACUUACGGGCAUCAGUUCGAUUUGCCUCACAACGGACGGCUGGACAUCGCUCUCCAAUCAGAGUUACAUCGCUGUCACUGCUCAUUUCAUCGACACCGAUGGCGUGCUCAGAGCUCGCCUUCUCGAUUGCUUUGCGUGGCAAGACCGCCACACUGCAGAGAACAUUGCCGCCGAACUCCGUCGAGUUGUUGUCGAAUGGGAAAUACAAGAAAAAGUUUGUGCCGUCGUCAGUGAUAAUGCGACAAACAUCACAGCUGCGAUCCGCUUGCUGGGAUGGAAGCAUUUUCCAUGCUUUGCACACACACUGAAUCUUAUAGUUCAAGCAGGAGUGAAGGAAAUUAGUGAGGUGCAAACUAAAGUAAAAAACAUAGUUACUUUCUUCAAACACAGUGCGCACGGCACGGCCAAGCUGGAAACGAUUCAACAACAAAUGGGCCUUGACCCCGUGAAGCUGAAGCAAGAUGUGGUUACGAGGUGGCACUCCACUUAUGAUAUGUUCACGAGAAUGCUGUACGUUAGGGAUGCUGUGCUCUCAGCAAUUGUGAUACUUGAGGCGGACCUUCAGCCCUUAGUAUCAACGGAAUGGACAAUCCUCGAAAAGGCGUGCGAAAUCUUGAAGCCCUUUAAGGAGGUGACCGAAGAGAUGAGCAGCGAAAAGAACGUAACAAUCUCCAAGGUGAUUCUCUUGGCAAACGGACUAAUGCAGCAUAUCGACGAAGUAGAGAAGGAUGACCUCCCUGGGCAAUGUCGAAACAUAUGA